UCAGUCAGAUUUACUGAGGAAACUCGACUGGGGGCCAUUUUGGAUUGAGGCCUUGCUGUUGCGGGUCGAGUAAAACACAAGUUUGACUGACUUCUAAACCUGCCUAUUGCUUUAAAGUAUUUUUUGUUGGUCAUGGUUGGUUAUAAGGUUUUGCUGGCUGUUGAAUUUUGAGAGGUGCAUUCGUACAUAAUACUGAAUACAUAAGUAAAUAUGUACAAGUAACAAGCUGGAGAGAGUUUGACAGUUCUUAGCGGGUGCUAUUUGCAAAUAAUUUCAUGGUUUAUGUGCAAAGUUGUAAUUAAUAGUUUAGUAGCGUAAUUUAGUUAAUCGGUGCUCGUUUAGUUUAUUUAUUUUUUGGUACGAUGAGACUGGACUCUUUAUUUGUGAUGGUAGUUUGGUGGUUGGCAUUGAUGAUGACUUGCGUCGCCGGAGAUGCAGCCUCUAAAGGGGUCAAGAAUGUGCUAGCGUUUGGAGGAAACGGAUUCAUAGGAUCCGAAGUGCUGGACGCCCUGUUCACGGACCCCACCCAAUAUUACAGCGUCACCCUCGUGUCCCGCGGCAACUGGUAUUUCGACUCCGCCACACGCAUUAAACCCAAACUUCACAAAACCAUUUCCUGCGAUCGUGAAGAUUCCGAUCUCGAAUUCUGCACUGAUCUCGUCACAUAUAUCAAAGAAACGCCAAGGAUCGACAUCGUCCUCGACUUCUCUGCCUACAAUGCAGCCGUGAUGUCAGCCUCUCUCGACCUCUUGAACGAGAAGGGUCCUGACAAAGUCGGCGUCUACGUUUUCAUCUCGUCCGACUCGAUCUAUGAGGUUUGUCGAGGCUCGGCAACCCCACGUGUGGCCGGGGAGGAGGACGACAAACGCCCAGAGAGCGAGGAAGAGCGGAAUCUCUUGAAUGAAGGAGAUUCUUAUGGGAAUGAUAAGCUCGAGUGUGAAGAGUUACUUCGAGGACCAGGGAAUAAAAUUCCUUACUUGAUCUUCCGACUUCCCGAUGUUCUUGGGGCACGAGAUACAACGGACAGGUGGUGGACAUAUCAAAUGUGGAUAGAAUUCUACGAUUUUCUUAAAGUCCCGCUCCUCAUUCCUGUGGAAAAUAGGAAGUUAAAGACGUCGUACGUUUAUGUGAAAGACGUAGCGCGUGCCAUUUUGCUGGCCCUGAACAAACCUGAGAGUUGGAAGUCCGUCUACAAUUUAGGGUUGGAGGAACCCCUCACUUUGCAAGAGUUUUUUGAACGGAUGGCGGUUGCGGUGAGAGGCCAAGGUCGCGAGGCGGUGACCUUUGACACGGGCGAGUUUAACGUGUUUCCCUCCGUGUCGAGAGGUUCCGUCACGAUUGAGAAGGCCAAGAGAGUCCUGGAAUGGGAACCAAGCACGUGGGAGACUGUCUUUAAGGAAACUGUGCCCUUUUAUAAAGAAGCUUUUUACAAGUUUACGUCAGAAAGAGACGACGCUUCGAAUCAGUUGACGCGCUUUGUGGUCCCGCGACAUCGGAAAGGCGAAUUUUUGCGGAUUAUCGACGAACUAGCUGCGAAUCCUGGAAUCAGUUUGGAUGAGCAUUUGGCCACGUUGGGAGGAGGGUCAAACGAUCAAGGUGGUGGUGGGAGUCAAGUCACUCCGGAACAACUUUUCGAGGAGAUGAUGACGAGGACGGAGCUGUAAUUCCAUAAACUAUUAUUCCAUUCCAUUCCGAAUUUGUUGGAUUUUACUCAGUAAUUUAAGAAGACGAACAAUAAAACGAUGAGCAAUUAGAUACAACCAA